CUAUUGACCUUGACCUGUAAUUGUUUUCUUAGGAGUUUACUUGCGAUUCCUUUAAGAAUCUGAUAUGGCGAGAAGAUUAGGUAAAUUAAACACAAAAUCCUCUAUGUUAUUCCUAUGCGAUAUGCAAGAGAAAUUUAGGAGGACGAUACAAUAUUAUCCUUCUAUUCUUGAGGUCAGUAGAAGGAUGCUAACUGCAGCCAAGGCCUUAAAUUUGCCAGUUGUCGUAACCGAACAAUAUCCAAAAGGACUUGGUCAUACAGUAAAGGAAUUAGAUGUUAAAGGAUUCCCUAUUAUUGAGAAAACCCAAUUUUCUAUGUGUACUGCGGAAACUCGAGAACAUUUAAAGAGCGUCAAAAAUUUAAAUUCUGUACUACUUUGUGGAAUUGAAGCACACGCGUGCGUACAACAAACAGCAUUUGAUCUGUUGGAAGAUGGAUAUGACGUCCAUAUUUUAGCCGAUGCGGUCUCAUCAAGGAGUAUGGUUGACAGGUCUGCUUUGAGCAUUCGCAAUGAAAAAUGUUAUAUAUUGACAUGAUACAAUUUUUUCCUUUAGAAUGCUGGCUUUCCGAAGAAUGGAGAACGCUGGGGCUUUUAUUACAACGUCCGAAUCAGUUUUAUUGAUGCUUUGUAAAGAUGCGGCUCAUCCCAAAUUUAAGGAAGUACAAAAGUGCAUUUGGGAAGUGACCCCGGACAGCGCAAUUCUCUCUGGACAGAUUGAAUAGACCUUUAAUUUUAACAUUAAUACUAAAUUCUUUUCAUUGAAUGUUUUGAUCUUUUGAACUGCAGAUGGAGUUUUGAUUCAUUUUUUCGCUAGAUGGCAGUGAUAGCGUUUUAUUUAUGUGAACGAUAAUUAGUUUUAUAAAAAAACCUUUCACUAAAAAUACUUGAGAUUGAUAAAAAAAUUGUUGUUUUUUUUAAAAAAUGGCUGACAGCCGUCUAAAUACACGUAUAUUCGAUGGCGUUGACAACAACACGGCAGUCAGAUUAAGCUUGAAUGAAUAUCUGAGAGAUGUUCUUCAAUUGAAAGGAACAAAGGUUAUGUGUAGAGAAGGCGGAUGUGGAUGUUGCGUUGUUACGGUUUCCUAUAUAAAAGAUGAUAAAACCAAGACAGUCCCAAUUAAUUCCUGUCUAUGUCCAUUAUACUCGUGCGAUGGUUGGCAAAUUACUACAUCGGAAGGUAUAGGAGACAGAAGAAAAGGCUAUCAUCCAAUUCAAUCGAGAUUAGCGGCAUGUAAUGGAAGUCAAUGUGGAUAUUGUUCUACAGGAAUGGUAAUGAACAUGUACGGAUUUUUAGCUGACAGGAAAAAUCCUACCAGAGAAGAAAUCGAGUCGACUUUUGAUGGUAAUAUAUGCAGGUGUACUGGUUACAGGGCAAUUUUGGAUGCUAUGCAUCAACUUCCUACUGAUAUUGAGGAUUUAGUUGAAAGAAAAUGCUCAGGAGUGAAUGAUUCGAUUUUCAUUAUAUCGUCGGAUGCACAAUGGAUAAGACCGGAAAAUUUGGUCGACUUGUUCGACUUGCUGAGUAAAAGAAAUGAUUAUUCAUUAGUUUGCGGUAACACUUCAAAAAUUUUAUUUGAAAACACAAAAAACAAUCAGUUAUUUAUCGAUAUAAGAAGUUUGCCAGAGCUCUGUCAAACGACGAUUACUGAAGAUUUCGUAAAAGUUGGAUCUUGUGUUACGAUAAGCGAAUUGACAACGAUUAUGGAUAAAAUUUCGGCCAAUCAGGGUUUCGAGUACUGUAACGAAAUUAGAGAUCACUUGAAAUUAAUCGCGGGUUCUCCAGUCAGAAAUGUUGGCAGUUGGGCUGGUAAUUUAAUACUAAGACGUUCUUGGACUUCAUUUCCAUCUGAUAUUUUGACCCUUUUUGAAGCAGUCGGGGCUGAAAUAGAAUUUGGUUCCAAGAUUGAGACAAAAGUUUGCAGGGCAUGGGAAUUAAUUGAGAUGCCCGAAGCUGAUUUGGAUAAGAAAGUCCUCUUGAAUGUAAUGUUUCGUCCACUUAGCAAAGAUACAAAAUUCAAGUCUUAUAAAAUAAUGCCACGUUCUCAAUUGUCAUUGGCUUACGUAAACGCCGCUUUCUGCUCCGAAUUCGAUAAAGAAACACUGACGUUCCGUGGUAGGCCUACUCUAAUAUUUGGCGGCAUAUCAGAGAAAUUUUUAAAAGCCGACAAAACGGAAGCGUUCCUAGCAAAUAAAUGCGUGUCAGAUACUACAGUUCUACAAGAUGCUUUUAAAAUGUUAAGAUCGGAAGCUGUCGUUACUGCUGACGAAUCGUCGAUAUAUAAGAAAGACUUGACCGUCUCCUUACUAUACAAAUUUAUACUGCACCUGGUUGGAGAUAGAGCUGAGGCUAAAUUGCGGAGCGGAAGUGAAAUUCUACAAAGGGACGUUUCGUCGGGGACUGAAAUAUAUGACACACAUCAAGAAUUAUGGCCCCUAACAAGACCAUUACCAAAAGCUUCUGCCAACAUGCAGACGGCUGGAGAGGCGAUUUAUACAAACGAUAUGCCUAAAAUGUUGGACGAGCUGUUUGGCUCUUUCGUUGUUACGUCUGUCGGAAAUGCCACGAUUGAUAAGAUUGACGCUUCGGACGCUCUGAAUAUGGAUGGGGUUGUAAGAUUCCUUACCUAUAAAGACAUUCCAAAAGGCGGUAAAAAUAAUAGCCAACCGAAUUCCCCUGUACCAGAGUUGGUAUUCUGUGAAACAGAAUCACAGUACGCCGGUCAAGCUGUUGGAUUAAUAGUAGCGGAAAGUCAGAGUAUAGCGGACGAGGCGUCUAAAAGAGUAAUUAUCAAAUAUAGAAAUCGCCGACCAAUUAUUACGGAUAUUGAAAAGGCUAUAGAAAAAAAGUCUUUCCAUCCAAAACCCGGUAAAGAUAUCAUAGUCGGAAACGCCGAGGAGGCUAUAAACAAUGCCCCAAGGCAAGUAAAGGGUAGAAUACGGAUCGGUACCCAAUACCAUUUUACUAUGGAGACGCAGGGAUGUAUAUGCAUACCCCAAGAAGAAAAUCUGCUCGUCUAUGCCACAACACAAUGGCCUGAUUAUUCUCAACAAGCCAUUUCAAAUUUCGUUAAUAUAGAUAAUAGCAGAAUUCGUGUUGAAGUAAAGCGUUUAGGAGGAGCUUACGGAUCGAAAAUAACUCGAAACCUUCAAAUUGGUGCCGCAGGCGCUUUAGCCGCUUUAAUCUUGAAUAAACCAAUUCGAAUAAGACUAAAUUUAAAGACAAAUAUGGAAAUGAUAGGAAAACGAUUCCCCUACGUUGCAGAUUACGAAAUGGGUUUGGACGACGACGGAUUAUUGCUUGGAAUCAAGUGCAUAUACUAUGCAGAUUGUGGCUUUCUCGCUAAUGAGUGUACGUCGCCUUCGGCCCUGGAUUUUGCCGAUAACGCCUACUUCUGUGAGAACUGGCACCUAGUUCCCAUGGCUGUCAAAACGAAUACGCCCUGUAACACGGCGACAAGGAGUCCUUCCACCCUGCCCGGAAUUUUCGUAAUGGAACAAAUGAUGGAGCACGCAGCCGUCGAAUUAAAUAUGGAUUCUACGUUUUUGAAACGAUUAAAUCUAUAUAAGAGCGGUCAAAAGACGCCAAUUGGUAUCACCCUCAAGAAUUGCCUUUUAGGGGAUGUAUACUCAAAGCUAUUGGAUUGGUGCGAAUACGAUGCUAGAUCGGCCUCUAUUAGAGAGUUUAAUGCCAAUAAUCGAUGGAAGAAGAAAGCCUUGGAUGUUGUACCAAUGAAAUUUGGAAUAGAGUGGCAAGGGGUAAACUACGGAUGUCAAGUAACUAUUUACAACGGGGACGGUACAGUUUCUUUAUCGCACGGGGGUAUAGAAGUCGGGCAGGGCAUAAACACUAAGACCAUUCAAGUAUGCGCUUACGAGUUAGGUAUUGGGGUAGAUAAGGUAAACGUUAGGCCUACUGACAAUUUUGUUGGAUCCAACUGCCAGGCGACCGGCGGCAGUAUUACGAGCGAACUGUGCUGUCAAGUAAGAAAAUUCGAUUUAGCGUGCAACGCUAGUUUUUUAGCGAUGCUGGGACCGUAUAGGAAGGGAUCGAGCAGUUGGGAAGAGACUGUAAAGGCAGCUUAUAACGACGGCGUUGAUUUAACGGCCCGCAACUGGAAUCGUCCCGAAACUUCGGAUGCGUUUCGGUAUGAGUCUUACGGAGCUACUUGUACAGAAACGCUUCUCGACGCGCUAACGGGCGUUUACCAGCUGACGAGAGUCGAUAUACUAUUCGAUUGCGGCCAGAGCAUGAAUCCGAAAAUUGACAUGGGUCAAGUACAAGGUGCCUUUGUUAUGGGUCUUGGUUAUUUCCUCAUGGAAGAGAUAAAUUAUUCGGCGGAAACUGGUCGUAAUCUGUCGGCUAGCACUUGGGUACAUUCUCCAAUCACUCCCGAACGGGCAAGAAUCCUUAGCCUGAUCAGCGAUUCGGAUAUGAGAAUAUGA